UGACGACGGCGAGGAACAAGGAGUUCCUCCCCACAUAAAAGGAGUGGACGGGGAGCGGAUUGUUCAGUCUUGUCGGCGCCACCAGGAGCAGUCGUGUCCCUUGAGCUCGUCCCUCACUGUCUUCUCAGGUUUCGUCGUCACUAGGACCUGCCACUACCCCCUCUCUCUCUCCUACCAUGGUGAGGAUGGCUGCUACCAUCAAGACGUGUAUGGUGUACUGGUUGGUGCUGCUGUUUGCUGCUGUCUGCUCUGCGAUGCCUGAUCGCAGCAGAGAGGCCCCGGUCAAUGUGGUGGUCCCUAAUACACCCGGGAAAAACUUUACUGAUGGGAUAAGGAUUUUGGGAGGGAAAGACGCCAGUAAACCUAGUGUGGCGGUUCUGAUUAGCGUUCCUGUAGUCCAUCCUCUGGGCGGUGUCAGUAAUCGCAACAACCCACCGCCUCCCAUAGUGUUUGGCCCCAGUCUUCCACCCAAGUCAACGCCAAAACCAAGCAUUCUCCCGCUCCCCAGCCCCUGGAACUAGAGACCACACCUUAACUUUCACUGAAGAAAUUCUGUGACUUUACCUCUGUGGUCAAAACUGUGAUAGACAACGACCUAAAUGUAUUUCUCAGCAACAGAUUAAACUUAUUUAUUUA